UUCCUGAGGUUUCCGGGCUCUGCCGUCAGCCAGCGAGCCCAGCAAUGCGCCUUACCAUCAGCUGCGCAACUUGGGUUUUUCCUUUUUUCAGCCGUUUUUAUCUCCGAAGAACUGCCUGGUGGAGACCCCUCCAGCUCUUCCCAGCGCAUAGGUGGCUCUCUCUCUCUCUCUCUCUCUCGGAUCUAAAGCAGUGUGACAAGUGACUCUGUGAGUGUUUGUGUGUCGUUAUUCGCUUCACACUUACUGAAAAGUGUGUGAGAGUGUGUCAGAGGACGGAAGAGAAGGGGAGGGAGACCACUCCACCCCACAGCCUUAGCUGCAGGACAUCGCGGCCCCCUUGGCCUGGCCUCUGCAGCCCGGCUGGUCUCCCCAGGUGCAUAGCUCCACCAUGCAGUGCCCCUGGAGAGGCCUUUUGGCGGCUCCUGUGCUCCUUCUCCUGCCCCUGCACGCCUUGGCCUCUGCAACUGACGAUGACCCUCAUGGCACCAGAGCCUCAAAGGGCCACACCUGUGUAGGGUGUGUGAUGGUGGUGUCAGUGAUUGAACAGCUGGCACAAGUUCACAACUCCACGGUCCAGGCCUCCAUGGAGAGACUGUGCAGCUACCUGCCUGAAAAAAUGUUCUUAAAAGCCACCUGCUACAUAGUGGUUCGCACGUUUGGACCGGACAUCAUAAAACUGCUUGAUGCUGAUAUGAAUGCUGAUGUGGUGUGCCACACCCUGAAGUUUUGUCAACAGGAGCCUGGACAAGCCCUGUGUCACCUCUACCCCCUUCCCAAGGAAACCUGGAAAUCUUCCCUAGAGAAGGCAAGGCAGAUGGCCAAGAAGUCUCCAAUUCUGAAGUAUUCCAGAAGCAGUUCAGACAUUUGCUCACUCCCAUUUUUGGCCAAGAUCUGUCAGGAGAUUAAAUCAAGCAUAGAGAAUUCUGUGCCAUUCAGAGACGCUGAUUCAGACAAAUACAGUGCGUUCCCAACUCUGCGAGGCUACCACUGGCGGGGGCGGGACUGCAACGACAGCGACGGGACAGCGUACCCCGGCAGGAGGCCAGACAACUGGGAUGCGCACCAGGACUCCAACUGUAACGGCAUUUGGGGUAUCGAUCCAAAAGAUGGAGUUCCCUAUGAGAAGAAAUUCUGUGAAGGUUCCCAGCCCAGGGGCAUCAUUUUGCUGGGAGACUCAGCGGGCGCUCAUUUUCACAUCCCUCCCGAAUGGAUCACAGCUUCGCAGAUGUCCCUGAAAUCCUUCUUCAACUUACCAGCAGCACUUACUGAUGAGCUGGACUGGCCUCAGCUGUCUGGUGCCACGGGAUUUCUGAACUCCACCAGUGGAAUUAAAGAAAACUCUCUUUACCUUCAUUUAUGGAAAAGAAACCGCUGCAAUCACAGAGACUACCAGAAUCUUUCAAAAAACGGUGCAUCUUCCCAAAACCUGGAGGGAUUUAUAAAAAGUUUGUCUAGGAACCCCCUGUUGGACCAGCCCGCCAUUGUCAUCUAUGCCAUGAUUGGAAAUGAUGUCUGCAAUGGGCAGAUGGAUCCAGUCCCAAAAAUGACCACACCUGAACAAUUCUAUUCCAAGGUCAUGGAGACUCUGAAGUAUCUAAAGUCCCACCUGCCAAAUGGCAGCCACGUUCUUCUAUAUGGCUUACCAGACGGGACCUUUCUCUGGGAUAACCUGCAUGACAGAUAUCACCCUCUUGGCCAGCUGAAUGCGGACGUGACCUACAGGCAGCUCUACUCCUUCCUCAGCUGUCUUCAGGUCAGCCCCUGCCACGGCUGGAUGUCUUCCAACAGGACUCUGCGGGCCCUCACUUCCAAGAGAGCAGCACAACUCUCCAGUGUGCUGAAAAGAAUCGCAGCCACUGAGAAAUUUCCAAACUUCAAACUUUUCCACCUGGAUUUUGACUUCCAAGAAAUUACCAAGAAGUGGCAAGAGAGAGGCGGGCAGCCCUGGCAGCUCAUCGAGCCCGUCGAUGGAUUCCACCCCAACGAGGUGGCUUUGCAGCUGCUGGCUGAGGCGCUCUGGGACAAGGUGCAGCUCCAGUGGCCCGAGGUGCUGGGAAAGGAGAAUCCGUUCAACCCCCAGAUUGAACAGGUGUUUGGAGACCAAGGGGGACACUAGGUCCCCAAGGGAUGUGCGUUCUGGGAGCUUCAGGAAACAGAAGUUUGUCAUAGGGGCUACUCUCUCCCAGACCCGUGAGGCUCUCCAUAGCAGCAUCUUUGCAGUGGCUUUCUCCCCUUGAAGCGCGUGUCUGCAUGAAGGCGUGGUUCUGUGAGCCUGUGGGCUGCCGGGGUCAGUUCCCUGCCAACUGACCUGUGCAUACGUAACCUUGAAUCAAGUGCUUUGGGUGCCAUUGCAAGCAAGGGAGCAUCUGUACCCUUGAAUGGCUAAUUGUCGUAAAAACAAAUGAGAAAUCCAGCAUGUCAGGCAGCUUAUCCAGGGUUGAGGUUAGGGUCAGAGUUAGGGUCAGGGUCAGGGUCAAGGUCAGGGUCUCGGUGUACCAGGGACUGACCCAGCCUCACUGGUGACCCUGAAUGAGGGCUCCUUUUGGGAAGGCUGCUGGCUGGCUGCCAAGGACGCUCGCCCCAAAAAACUAUAAACAGAAAAUUAGGUGCAAACCUGAAUAUUUACUUAGAAAACAAAUCACAACGAAGUACACAUUUCUUUAAGUUGACAAAUACCAUGAUCCCCACAAAGUCAGAAAACAGUGACUUUCCCUAGUCAGAAAAUGUUUCUUUCCUUGGAGGUUUGUCUGACGUCCUUGGGCUGAGCAUCGGAUCUCCUGCUCCUACGGCAGUGGUUCUGUGAUGUCACUGUCUGCAGAUGGAACCAAAAAAUAAAAGUGGUUGCUUAUGUUUGAUAA